GCACGUGGUUCUUUCACUCAGCUUGAGAUUGGGAGCCGGGCUCAGUCUCCGAAUCGGUCCUGCAGCGCCUCUAGGCUGCGGAUCUGAGCUCCAACCACCUGCUUGGCUUUGCGUCCCCGGCAGUCGAGAGGAGGGAACUGGGAGAAAAGAGGCGGGAGGGAGGAGGAGAGAGGCAGCUCACACACGCCUUCCAGUCGCUCCACUCAGAGCAGCCCAGAGACCACUGCCGCCGCCACUGCUACUGCUGCUACCAAGAUCACCACUGCUGCCACCUGAGGACACCCGCUGCCCCCUCGUUCCCCCCACCCGUCGCCGCCUCGGCGAUUUCUUUCUAGCACCGAGCUUUUCGUGCACACUGCAAGUACCAUAAUUCUUAUUCCAAGAGAAGAAAACUAAAAGAAGAUAGCAGCCAAAAAGAACCACGUACACCUUCCCGUAUCACUGAAGUGUCUCAGGAAAGAGAGUCGCUGGUCCAGGGAGGAGCAGCCGAAGGGACCGAGGCGGGUGUGGACUGGGAGGGCGGAGGAGUUGCGGGCAUUGCGUGGUGGAAAGUUAAGUGUGGCAGAGACCCGAAGGUGCAGCGCCACAUCCCAGGGGACAGUGUGUCUGGGAGAAGCCGCUGCCCCCGUGCGUCGGGACCCACGAGCGUGCGGGCACCGUGGGGCCCGGGACGAAGCCCCCCCUGCGGCGUGGACUCUGUCGCAAGCCCUCGAGAAGGAGGAGAAAUAUGGCAUCCAAAGCGUCCCCUUCCUGCCGUCUGAUUUUCUGCCUCUUGAUCUCCGCCGCCGUCCUCAGGCCAGGCCUUGGGUGGUACACUGUAAAUUCAGCAUACGGAGAUACCAUUACCAUGCCUUGCCGGCUUGAUGUGCCUCAGAGUCUCAUGUUUGGCAAAUGGAAAUAUGAAAAGCCUGAUGGCUCCCCAGUAUUUAUUGCCUUCAGGUCCUCUACAAAGAAAAGUGUGCAGUACGACGAUGUGCCAGAAUACAAAGACAGACUGAGCCUCUCAGAAAACUACACCUUGUCUAUCAGUAAUGCGAAGAUCAGUGAUGAAAAGAGAUUUGUGUGCAUGCUAGUAACGGAGGACAACGUGUUUGAGGCACCUACAGUAGUCAAGGUGUUCAAGCAACCAUCUACACCUGAAAUUGUAAACAAAGCACCAUUUCUCGAAACAGAGCAGCUAAAAAAGUUGGGUGAGUGCAUUUCAAAAGACAGCUACCCAGAUGGCAACAUCACAUGGUACAGGAAUGGAAAAGUUCUACAGCCUGUGGAAGGAGUGGUGGUCAUAAUUUUUAAAAAGGAAAUGGAUCCAGUUACUCAGUUGUAUACCAUGACUUCAUCCUUGGAGUAUAAGACAACCAAAGCAGAUAUACAAAUGCCAUUUGCCUGCUCUGUGAUAUAUUAUGGACCCACUGGCCAGAAAACACUGCAAUCUGAACAAGCUGUUUUUGAUAUUUAUUAUCCUACAGAGCAGGUGACAAUGCAAGUGCUACCACCAAAAACUGCCAUCAAAGAAGGGGACAACAUCACUCUCAAAUGCUUGGGGAAUGGAAACCCUCCUCCUGAGGAGUUUAUGUUUUAUUUACCUGGACAGCCAGAAGGAAUAAGAAGCUCAAAUACUUACACAUUGACAGAUGUGAGGCGCAAUGCAACAGGAGACUACAAAUGCUCCCUGAUAGACAAAAAAAGCAUGAUUGCUUCAACAGCUAUCACAGUUCACUAUUUGGAUUUAUCCUUAAGCCCAAGUGGGGAAGUGACCAAGCAGAUUGGAGAUACCCUGCCUGUGUCAUGCACAAUAUCUGCUAGUAGGAAUGCAACUGUGGUUUGGAUGAAAGAUAACAUCAGGCUUCGAUCGAGCCCAUCAUUCUCUAGUCUCCAUUAUCAGGAUGCUGGGAACUAUGUGUGUGAGACUGCUUUGCAAGAGGUUGAGGGACUAAAGAAGAGAGAGUCAUUGACUCUCAUUGUAGAAGGUAAACCUCAAAUCAAAAUGACAAAGAAAACUGAUCCCAGUGGAUUGUCUAAAACAAUCAUCUGCCACGUGGAAGGCUUUCCAAAGCCAGCUAUACAGUGGACGAUUACCGGCAGUGGAAGUGUCAUAAACCAAACAGAGGAGUCUCCUUAUGUCAAUGGCAGGUAUUAUAGUAAAAUUAUCAUUUCCCCUGAAGAGAAUGUUACAUUAACUUGCACAGCAGAAAACCAGCUGGAGAGAACAGUAAACUCCUUGAAUGUAUCUGCUAUAAGUAUCCCAGAGCACGAUGAGGCAGACGAGAGAAGUGAUGAAAACAGAGAAAAGGUGAACGACCAGGCAAAGCUCAUUGUGGGAAUUGUUGUUGGUCUCCUCCUUGCUGCUCUGGUUGCUGGUGUCGUCUACUGGCUGUACAUGAAAAAAUCAAAGACUGCAUCAAAACAUGUAAACAAGGACCUUGGUAAUAUGGAGGAAAACAAAAAGUUAGAAGAAAACAAUCACAAAACAGAAGCCUAAGAGAGAAGCGGUUGUAGUUGUGCAGAGAAAAAACCAUAUAAACCAAUUGAAGCAUGAACAUGGAUUGUAUUUAAGACAUAAACAAAGACAUUGACAGCAAUUCAUGGUUCAAGUAUUAAGCAGUUCAUUCUACCAAGCUGUCACAGGAUUUUAGAGAAUUAUCUCAAGUAAAACAAUGAAAUGAAAUUAUAAAAAAAAUAACAAGUUUUGGCAGCCAUGAUAAUAGGUCAUAUGUUGUGUUUGGUUUGAUUUUUUUUUUCUGUAAAUGUCUGCACUGAGGAUUUCUUUUUUGGUUUGCCUUUUAUGUAAAUUUUUUACGUAGCUAUUUUUAUACACUGUAAGCUUUGUUCUGGGAGUUGCUGUUAGUCUGAUGUAUAAUGUAAUGUUUUUAUUUCAAUUGUUUAUAUGGAUAAUCUGAGCAGGUACAUUUCUGAUUCUGAUUGCUAUCAGUAAUGUCCCAGACAUUCUCACAAGCACCUAAAACCCAAAGGUGGCAGCUUGUGAUCAUUGGGGACGCACACAUUGCCCUAUUCAAAACCUGGUCUUUUUAUCACAGAGAGUCUGAUUGAGAAGCACUCUCAAGCUGAUUCUGCAUGAGUGCCACCAGCUGACUCUCAGAAGCAAACCACAGACACAUAAGGACACACACGCAUGAUAAUGGUACUCCCAAACUGACAAUUUUGCCUUUUCUGAAAAAAGACAUAACAUAGAAUUUGGGUAACACUUACCUUUAAAGACACCUGCUAGUAAAUUAUUUUCUGUCAAAGGGAAAAAACAAAAUGUGCGAUAGACAGUUUGGAAAAAUCAUGGAUAACAUUCUCAUUUUCAUAAAUCACAAUGUAAAUCACUGUAAUUAAAAAUUGGUGUUAAAUCCUUUGGGUUAUCCACUGCCUUAAAAUUAUACCUAUUUACUUUUAAAAAGAUAUCAGUCAGAAUUGGAAAUUUUUAACAGUGGUCAUUAUCAAAAGCGGUGUUAUUUUCCACAGAAUAUAGAAUAUAUAUUUUUUUUGUAUGUGUUUUUGUUAACUACCCUACAGAUAUUGAGUGCACCUUGAGAUAAUUUAGUGUUUUUAACUGGUACAUAAUUUAUCAAGCAGUACAUGAAAGUGUAAUAAUAAAAUGUCUAUGUAUCUUUAGUUACAUUCAGAUUUGUAACUUUAUAAACAUGUUUUAUGAGUGAGGAACUUUUUAAGGUGGUAGUACAAAGGGAAACAUUUCGAAGUAGAGUGGAUAUUGGCCAAUAGCUACUUGUGAUUAGACUUUUAAACUUUGCUCUUUCAAGCAGAAGCCUGGUUUCUGGGAGUACACUGCCCAGCCAUUUUUGUCCCAGGAUUUACGUAACUUUAACUGAAAAAAGAAAAAUGAACAUUAGAUUUCCAGGUAUGUUCUUUGAAAGGAAAAGGAAAACUGGUGUUUGUUUUUUAGACUCAUGGAAUUAAAAAAUUACUAAGGCAAUGAAAAACUAAUUGAUGUCAGACAGAGAUUGAAGAUAAUAUUUUGCCACUUCUGCAUUAUUUAGAAACACAUGUGAUUGUAUAUUUGUAAACCAUAUAUUGUCUGAGCAAUAGUGACUCAGUUUAAUAAAAGCUUCAUGUAGUGCAUUGGUAUGAAUUAAAUGCAUAAAAUAUUGUAUUAGACUUGAUGCUGUAUAAAAUAUUAUGGGGAAAAAAAGAAAAUAUGUUAUUUUGCCUCUAAACUUUGAUUUAUUAAAGUUUUAUUUGGCAGGAAAAAAUUGAAUCUUGGUCAAUAUUUAAACCAAAGUGAAAGGGGAAAAAAAACCAAAGUUAUUUGUUUUGCAUGGCUAAGCCAUUCUGUUAUCUUUGUAAAUACUGUGAUUUUUUUUUCUUUUUCUCUUUAGAAUUUUGUUAAAGAAAUUCUAAAAGUUUUAAAUACCUGCUUUCCACAAUAAACCAUGAACACUAAAAUUAGAUUAUUCCCAUACUAAUAUUUUUUCUUUUUUCUUUUGGUGUGGGACAUCAAAGGUUUUAAGUCUUACUCCUAAGAUAUGUUUGCAGAAAGAAGCAACGUGCAGUAGAAAGACAGGGUUAUACUACAAUUAUGGUUUGGCUUCCACUUGCAAUGGUUAACUAAAUACAAAGAACCUAGACAGCAGAACAUGAGAAACUCAGAGCUCUGGACUGAGGGCAGAAAGAUGACAAGGAAGAAAAGCGACAAUGUCAAUACCAUGGAAUCAACGCCUGGAUAACGAGGAACGCAGACUUGUAUAAUGGCAACCAUAUGCACAGGGAUACUAGGAAGGAAGGAUAAUUCAGCCUUCAACUUCUGAGGUUUUGUCUCUCCAGUUACACUCCUUGGCAACAGAAGAUAGGUUUUACCAGUUCAAGGUUCACUCCCUCUAUGUGAUUAUAGGAACUGUAUGUGGAAAUGGAUUAACAUACCCGUCUAUGCCUAAAAGAUAAUAAAAAUGAAAUAUGUCUUCACAUACCUCUCACA